GCAACAUGACACGUGGUUUCGAACGCCACAUCAAAAGAACACGCCGACAUACGGAAUGCAGCUACUGAUAUUUAUGCAUGUACUGUGCUGUCACUCCUGUUGACUGUCGACUAUUUAUUAGAAAAAAGACUGGUAUGAUUUCUCUCUGUUAACAACUGCUAACAAUAUGCGACGUUCUCAUUCAGGAGGUUAUGGCUACGAGCCAUUACCAAGUACAUCUACUCACAAUGCCCUGGAAGACGAGAAUGAAAGGAUGACAGAAGAGCUACAGGAUAAAAUUAAAGCCUUAAAAUCUUUAUCCAUUGAUAUUGGCACCGAAGUAAAAUAUCAAGACAAAAUGUUGAGAAGCAUGGAUGAUGAUUUUGACAGAACGAGUGGUUCCUUGUCAGGUUCUGUAGCACGUGUUUUACGUCUAGCAAAAGCAGGCCACAAUUAUUAUAUUUUAUAUUUAUUCCUUUUUUCUAUAGCAGUAUUUUUUAUAUUAUGGAUAGUUUUAAGAUUUAAAUGAUUGUACAUAAAAUCUAAUUAACUGAGGUAAAAUGUAUA